CUCGUCCGUAUAUAAAUAAUCCGACCACCGGCGAGUGUGUUUAGUCUGACCAAACCCCUAGCACCAGUUAAAUAUCAACAGCGCAUCGAGCCAGCACACAAACAUGCCGGAUUACAAGGUCUACUACUUCAACGUCAAGGCCCUGGGCGAGCCCCUGCGGUUCCUAUUGUCCUACGGCAACCUGCCCUUCGACGAUAUCAGAAUCACCCGUGAGGAAUGGCCAGCACUGAAGCCAACAAUGCCCAUGAGUCAGAUGCCGGUGCUGUCGGUGGACGGCAAAAAGGUGCACCAGUCGGUGGCCAUGUCCCGCUAUCUGGCCAAGCAGGUCGGCCUGGCCGGUGCCGACGACUGGGAAAAUCUCAUGAUCGACACCGUCGUCGACACCAUCAACGAUUUCCGUCUGAAAAUCGCUGUUGUAUCCUACGAACCCGAAGAUGAUGUGAAGGAGAAGAAACUGGUCACCCUGAACAGUGAGGUCAUUCCAUUCUACCUAGAAAAGCUGGACGACAUCGCCCGUGAAAACGACGGCCACAUGGCAAACUCCAAACUUACAUGGGCCGAUCUGUACUUCGUCGCUAUUCUGGACUACCUGAACUACAUGACGAAGUCCGACCUCGUCGCCAAUCAUCCGAACUUGCAGAGACUUGUUGACAACGUUACGAGCAUCGAAUCGAUCAAGAACUGGAUCGCAAAACGACCCCAAACUGAUAUUUCAAUGCCCAUGGGACAGAUGCCGGUGCUGGAGGUCGACGGCAAGCGAGUCCACCAGUCGCUGGCCAUGUGCCGCUACGUGGCCAAGCAGAUCGGGCUGGCCGGUGCCGACGCGGUGGAGGAGCUCCAAGUUGAUGCGAUUGUUGAUACGAUUAACGAUUUCCGUCUAAAGAUUGCCAUCGUUGCCUACGAACCGGACGACAUGGUAAAGGAAAAGAAGAUGAUCACCCUCACCAACGAGGUGAUUCCAUUCUACCUGACCAAGCUGAACGUGAUCGCCAAGGAAAACAAUGGCCACCUGGUGCUGGGCAAACCGACCUGGGCCGAUGUGUACUUUGCCGGUAUCCUGGACUAUCUGAACUACCUCACGAAGACCGAUCUGCUCACCAACUUCCCCAACCUGCAGGAAGUCGUGAAUAAGGUGGUUGAACACGAAAACGUCAAGGCGUACAUUGCCAAGAGACCAGUGACUGAAGUCUAAGAGGGAGAAACCCGAAAACGCCAACUCUUCACAGCAUGGAAUUGAAAGCAAACUAUAAACUCUACGCCCAGCAAACAUGAUGCCGUGAUGUAGUCACACAGCGAAUAUGGUCAUAAUGCUAAGGUUUAACGCUACGCUAAUAUUUGUGCUGUUUUAGUUUAGGAUAAGUCGCGCGAAAGAAUCAAACUUGUUUUGGGAAGGAAUUGUAUCUAUUCCUGCUGAAUGGUGGCAUCUUUUAUAAAACCGUAUUUCACUAAUUGAACAUUGUACAUCUCCACAGUAAGAGAAUAUCUAGAAUCUAGUCCGUAGUUCGUACGUUUAAAGUGUAAAGAAAUAUUUUAAGUUGUCAUAAGAGGGUCGAGAAAAUACAUUGUGUGUACGUCCAAAUCGA